UACAGCUGCGAUACUUGCUCAUUUCUACCGCUUCCCUCAAAACCCUACAAACCAAGAACUAGGGUUUUGCAAACUCUUCAAUCGUUUUCCUUCUUUUCUCAAUCCCUUAGCUUUCUCUGCGAUUCCCCGUCCUUUAAAUGGGCAAGUCAAGCAAGAAGUCGAGCCUCAAAGUUGACGCAGCUCCCGCUGUAGUCGCACCGUCCAAGUCUGCCAAGAAAGGCAAGAGAGAAGCUGUAGAUGCGAUAGAGAAGCAAGUUAGUGCGAAGAGGCAGAAAAAAGAUAAUGGUGUAGAGCAGACUCUUCUUAAGAAGAAGAUUGAGGUGAAGACACAAAAGAAGAAGAAAGAGGAAACCAGUAGUUCAGAUGAUUCAUCGGAAUCUGAGAAGGAAGAGGUUAAAAUAAAAACCAAGAAGGGAGUGGUUGCUCUGAAACCUCCAGUGAAAGUGUCUAGUUCUGAAUCUUCGGAUGAUGAUUCUAGCGAUGAAUCUUCUGAUGAUGUUAAAGUAAUAACCAAGAAGGGAGUAGUUGCGGCAAAGCAACCUGUUAAAGAGUCUAGUGAAGAUGAAUCCAGUGAUGAAUCUUCAGAUGAUGAGCCUGCUUCAAAAAAACAAACUGUUGUGGCUAAAAAUGGUAUUGCUGCUGCCCCGGCUAAGAAAGGCAAGGAUGACAGUAGCUCGGAUUCUUCGGAUACAGAUUCUGAAGAUGAAGAACCAAAGACUAAGGUUGCUGCAUCAUCAAAAAAGGUACCAGCAGCUGCCACUAAGAAUGGUCCAUUAUCUGCUCUUAAGAAGGCAGAGGACUCGAGUGAUAGUUCAGAUUCAGAUGAUACGGAGUCAGAUGAGGAAAAAGACUCAAAAAAAGGUGCUGCCAUUACUGCUAAAAAAGUUCAACCAUCAAAAAAGAUUGAUGAUAGUGAGAGUUCUGACAGUGACUCUGAUGAAGAUGACGAUGUCCCUGCAACAAAGGAUGCUGCUAAAAAAAUGGACAUUGACGAAGAUGACAGUGAGGACAGUUCUGAGGAAUCCGAUGAAGAGCCUCAAGACAAAAAGACGAAAGUUCCGCCUAAGGUUGGAAAACCAAGUGUAAAAACUGCUCAAGAUGAAAGUAAUAGUUCAGAGGAUGAGGAGAGUGAUUCUGAAGAUGAUAAGAAGCCCGCAAAGAAGCCUACUCAAGAUUCUAAGAAAGGCAACGGGGUUGAGGAGGAGACUGAUGAAGAUGAGUCUGACGAAGAGAGUGUGGAAGAACAACCCAAGACUCCAAAGAAAAAUCCCCAAACCCCUGUUGCUCCUCAAGGUGAAACUACAUCUAAGACCCUGUUUGUUGGCAACCUGUCGUUCAGUGUUGAGCGAGCUGAUGUUGAUAAUUUCUUUAAAGAUGCUGGUGAAGUUGUUGACGUUCGCUUCGCUUCUGAUCCUGAUGGGAGGUUCAAGGGCUUUGGACAUGUUGAAUUCGCCACAGCAGAAGCAGCUCAGAAGGCUAUUAAAUUGAAUGGUCAAGAUUUGCUUGGACGAUCUGUGAAACUUGAUUUUGCUCGUGAAAGGGGGGCAUAUACCCCACAAAACAGCAAAGAGGGUGGUGACUCAUUCCAAAAGGGAGGAAGAGGCCAGACCCAUACAGCUUAUGUGCGUGGUUUUGAUAAAUCUCUUGGGGUGGAUGAGAUUAGGGGUUCCCUGGAACAACAUUUUGGUUCUUGUGGAGAGAUUACAAGGCUAUCUGUUCCAAAAGAUUAUGAGACUGGUGAAGUUAAGGGGUUUGCUUACAUAGACUUCAGCAGUGGUGAUAAUUUGGGCGCUGCAUUAGAACUUAAUGGUUCUGAACUUGGAGGUGAAUACUUGACUGUGGAAGAGGCAAAACCACGAGGUGAUUUCGGUGGAGGCAGCGGUAGAGGAAGUGGUGGGAGGAGUGGUGGUAGAGAUAGUGGUGGUCGGUUCAGUGGAAGACGUGGUGGUGGUGGCCGUUUUAGUGGUGGUGGCCGUGGUGGCAGUUUUGGUGGUGGUGGCCGUGGUGGCAGUUUUGGAGGUGGUCGAGGUGGCGGUUUUGGUGGGAGAGGGCGUGGAACACCUAAUAAGAGCUUCGCCCCAGCUGGGAAGAAGACAAAGUUCGACGAUGGUGACGAGUAAAGACAAAUUUUGAAGUAAGGACAGUUGGAGAGUAUUUUAUAUAAUAGUAGUUGUAUGGUUUUGGCUCGAAGCAAUUGAUUACAGCGCUACAGAACACUGUUAACGCAUUGAAUUUUGCGUUGCUUGGGUACCUGGACUAUAUUUGAUUCGGUGUUUAAUGUUCACUUUAGUAUUCUGAAUU